GCUUGCGGGGUCAGAGGGGCGGGCGGGGGAAGGCGUUGCUCGGUGCAUACGGUGUUGGCUGUCACCUGGCGCCUGGCUGCAGAUCCUACCAAAGCUAGACCUUCUCUCCCCAAACUGCUGGACAACCCCGGCUGGUCGUUCUCUGAACAUGCCCCUGAAGGAUCCUUGCCAGAAACAAGCCUGUGAAAUACAGAAAUGCUUGCAAGCGAACAACUACAUGGAGUCCAAGUGUGAAACUGUGCUUCAGGAGAUGCGGAAGUGCUGCGCCCGGUACCCCAAGGGCAGAUCCAUCUGUUGUUCAGGGUUUGAGAAGGAAGAAAGGGAGAGAGAAAAGUCUAAGGUGACUUCAGAAGGAAUUCCUGCACCACCUCAGUAACACAAUGCAGCUCCAGCACGUGCCGGAGCACGGACUCACCUGCACGGCUCGUGUGUGUUUUGUUAAGCCUUCUUUAGACUUCCAGGAGAGCCAGAUUGCUCCUAGAACACACCAUCUGGCACACCAAAAAGUGUUAACACGGUACCAACAGAUGCUCUGGUUAACAGACUUGACUUUCUGUACCAAAACAUCAUCUACGUUGUCUUUGCAUUGCACCUGUGUCUGUGAAAAGUCAACUUGAUGUUUUUAGAAUGCUUACCUUACUCUAAUCCAUCCUUGCUCUCAAAACAGAGAACUGGAACCAAGUUACUCUGGUUUCUGAAGUGAAAAGGUACAGGAAAUAAGCUCAGAAGAGUGAGUGAGUUUAAGCAUGACCCAUGAAACAAACCCAUCUUGACACAGCAAAGGUAAUUGCUGCCAUCGUGCAGCAGGCCCAGACAUUUGCCUGUCCAGUGGCUCAAGCUCAAGAAUGGGAAUCCAGGUCUAGUGAUUGUUCCUAGGUCUUGCAUAGAUCACGAGUGACUUGCAGGUCACUUUGCCUAAGUGCCUCACUUUCCCACUGGACAGGCUUUUGAGUUUUGAACGGCCUACACGCUGCUAUUUUUGCAUGACACAGAUGUUAACAGAAACAACAUUUCAGGGAUUGCUACAGGAAUAGGGAUUUUUGGUUUUAAAAAGCAAUAUUCAUUUGAAAGAGUUGACUGUUGAUAGAAAAUUUAUAAAGUUCUGUAGAAUUGAACACCUCUAAGCAAUAUAUUACAAACUCAGUGUGGUUUAACCCCACUGGUACCCAGAGGCCUCUCAAAAAAAACAAAACAACAAAAGCCCUGGGCUAGAUCCAAGAACUGAUUUAGGUGCUGCUUACAGAACAAGCAGUUGGAGACACUUGCUUUCAACACACACACUCACUCACAACCCAUCUGUGUCUGGACCCCAGGGAGAGAUGGCUUUUCAGAAGAUCUCACCUGUGCAGCAGAAUUUCCAGUGACCUGUACGAAGAGCUUGGUAGACAGGUUCCUGCAUCACCCUUUAGAGCUGCCCAAGUCUCUCUGUCCCCUGUAGCAGGAGUCCAGGCACCUCAGUGGGUGCCAAGUCCACGCCAGGACCUAGGCACCUAAAUCCCGGACUUUGAACCCACGAGGCCCCUAACUCUGGUGUUAGAUCUAGCCGUAAAGGACUUCUGUGCUGUGAUGAAGUACAACUUACUUAUGAAAUACAGACCACUGUAGUCUAGGUACAAUAGCUGAGCAUAUUCAAACCUAGAAGAGCAAAGCCUCUGUAUUCAUUGCUCUGAAAUGCCAUGAUAGACAAUAAAUGACUGGAACAAA